UUUUUAGAACUGCUACAAAUAUUAUAUGAGUGAGAACAUAAACUGCAAUUCUGAAGGAAUUGGUGAGCAGUGCAGAUGGUGUGCAGAACGUGGAAACCUAAUUUGUUGUGACUCUUGCGAUAAUGCUUUUUGCAAAAAAUGCAUUUCCCGCAAUCUAGGGAAAAAAGAAAUCUCAAAAAUAAUGGAUGAAAACAAUCAGUGGCAGUGCUAUAUUUGCCACCCAGAACCUUUGUUAGAUUUGGUUGCAGUCUGUGACUGUGUAUUUGAGGAUAUAUCACUUUUGAGGCAACAGAAUAAAAAGAAGCUAAAGUCUGCAAGUGAAAAGAGUGGUAAGACAUGUAACCAUCCACCUAAAUUCUACUCCACCACAAAAGAAGAAGAAAAACCUCAGUUAGAUGAUUUUCACUCAGAUGCUGUAACACAUUCUUUUUCAUCAUUAAUGGUUUCAAAAGACUUGAUUACAAAGACUGAAACACUACUUGAGAACACUACAGUUAUGAAGUCUAGUUUUGUGACAUUUUCAGAACAAAUAGCCAGCAAUUCAGAAAUGAGCUCAAAUACUAUGUUAAAUCAAUUGAAAGGUGUUAGAUCUGUAAGGAAUGACAUAAGUAAGGCUCAUAAGGCAUUAGAAGAAUGCUUGAACAAGGAGAUAAGCAGCUUGGUUGUUAAAGAAAAGAAAGAAAAUAGCAAAGAAGGAAAACAUGAGAAUGCUAAAAAAGAUGCCAAAAUUAAAAAUGUAGAUAAAAAAUAUGAAGUGGAAGAUAUAUUUGCUACAAAAACAAAAAGGUUUCCAAAUGACAAAACUGAUGCAGAAAUUAUAGUUCCAACAGCAACAACUGGUGAGGUUAAGAAUACAAAUGAAUUUCAAUAUGAACCUGCAUGUACUUCUAAAUCUUUAGAUAUGGACAUUCUAUCCAUUCCUUCUUCAAGACCUGAAGAUAUUUUUGAGAAUCAAGAAAGUUCUAUCAAUAUCCAGAAUGAUGAAAAUACUGAAAUAUAUAAGGACACAGAAAAUUCCCUUUUAGAAACAAAUGAAUCUUCAGAAGUUGGCAAAGGAAGAUCCAUGGUAAAGACAUUAACGAGGAAAUUAUAUGUUAAGUUUUCUCCUUUUUCCAUGUCAGAUGCCUCAUUGAAAGAUAUUAUUAGUCAAGAGAAAACAGAAGAGGAAUAUCAACAGGAGAGCAGUAUUCCAGGAAAUACUGAAGUCAUCCCUGAUAAUGACACUGCACUAUUUAACGAGGAAACUGACCUUCAAAGAUCACCGCUUGUGAAAACAACAUCUUCAAUUGGACACAUAGAAAAGGAGCUUGUAACAUCUAAUUCAGAAGAAAGUGGUGAAAAACGUAAACCAAGAUCAUCAGGGCAGUGGGAAAAAGAAGGUAGACAAGUUUUUUUGCCUGAUGCUGAAGAAAAAUUCAAGUUAAUUAAUAAAGAAACCAGUUCAGAUGCAGAUGAAAAGUCAGCUUUGUGGAAGGAGGCUGCCAAGGAGGAUAAGAGUUCUUCAGAGUCUGAUACUGAUUUAAAAUACGACAGUAUUCAGAAGAAAAUUGUAUACAAGGAGAAUGAAACGAACACUACAUCUGUUCCUGUUUUAAUGGAAGAAGAUGAUGAUGAUCCUGAGAAUUGGAUUACCAAGAAGACUCUCUUAGAAGAAAUAAAAGCCAAUUUUUCCUCAGAUGAAAGUGAAGAAUCAGAUGAUACUAAAAACAUUACUGAAAAGAAAGAUGAAACAAAUACAAGAAGUGAGGGGAUUUGUGAAAAAAGCAAUUUGAAAUCUGAUUCAGACUCUGAGGAAAUUAAGAAGCUGAAAUACAGAUCCCCACUGGUUACAUACAAUCUAAAUAUAAGUGGUGGAGAAUCUGCAGAAGAAACAAAAGAAAGCAAACACAGAAAGAAGAGGAAAG